AUGAGUGCUCAGAAGGAAGCCGCCAUUACGCACAAGACGCUCUCUGAGCUCUUUGAGAAGCUCUCUGUCAGCGACUCUCUGGAGUCUCGACUUGAGGCUGCCAACAACGUUGCCACCUUUGUUAACCAGGGCGACGUGAUUGAGCACGAUGUUCCUAACCAGCUGCUGGCUGCCACCAAGGCCAAGCUGAACCAGAAGAAGGACCAGGCUGCCGUUCUCAACGCUCUGCAGCUGCUCAACUCUCUUGCCACCUCCUCCUCCGUUGCCCCCAACGUGGAGCCCUACCUUGUUGAGGCCAUCACUGAUGUGCUCGCCAAGGUCGGUGACAAGGACAAGCAGAUCCAGGACGCCGCCGCCAAGACCGCCAAGGAUAUUGCUCAGUGCAUCACUCCUCGAUCCGUCAAGUUCAUUCUGCCCCUGAUCAUCGAGUCUCUUGUUAACACCAACAAGUGGCCCGAGAAGGUUGCUGCUCUCGAGUGCAUUUCCAUCCUGGUCACCGUUGCCCGAGACCAGGUUGCCCUGCGAAUGCCCGAGCUCAUCCCCGUCCUCUCCGAGGCCAUGUGGGACACCAAGAAGGAGGUCAAGGAGCAGGCCACCGCCACCAUCACCAAGUCCACCGACACCAUUGACAACAAGGAUAUCAUCAAGUUCAUCCCCGCCCUGAUUGCCUGUAUCUCCAAGCCCACCGAGGUCCCCGAGACUGUGCACAUUCUCGGUGCCACCACCUUUGUGUCCGAGGUCACCACCGCCACCCUCUCCAUCAUGGCUCCUCUGCUGUCCCGAGGUCUUGCUGAGCGAGACACCGCCAUCAAGCGAAAGGCCGCCGUCAUUGUCGAUAACAUGUGUAAGCUGGUCGACGACCCCCAGGUUGUUGCUCCCUUCCUUGAGACCCUUUACCCCGCUCUCAAGACUAACUACGCCAACAUUGCCGACCCCGAGGCUCGAGACGUUACUCUGCGAGCUCUCAACACCCUGAAGCGAGUUGGUGAGAUUGUUGACGACAAGAUCCCCGAGGUUUCCACCGCCGGUGACACCAAGGUCAACCUUGCCAUCCUCGAGAAGCUGCUCGAGCCCUUCAAGGUCGACACCAAGAAGUUCGGCCUCAUGAUGCAGUUCAUUGCCUCCAUCUCCGGUGACCUCAUUGACGAGCGUCUCACCCACGAGGCCGACUGGGCCGAGUCUCUGGUUGCCUUCAUGGUUACCAUUCUCCCCGAGAAGGAUGCUCGAACCGUCAUUGAGUCUCUCCGAAAGCAGGCCAUCGCCAACAUCCCCGGUGCCACCAACUUUGAGGAGGAGGACGACGAGGGCGAGGAUCUGUGUAACUGUGAGUUCUCUCUGGCUUACGGUGCUAAGAUUCUGCUGAACCGAACCCAGCUGCGACUCAAGCGAGGCCGACGAUACGGUCUCUGUGGUCCUAACGGUGCUGGUAAGUCCACCCUGAUGCGAGCCAUUGCCAACGGUCAGGUCGAGGGUUUCCCCACCCAGGAGGAGUGUCGAACUGUCUUCGUCGACCACGACAUUGACGGUACCCACGCCGACACCAACGUUGUCGACUACGUCCGAAAGACCGCCGGUGAGUCCAUCGGUACUGAGGAGGAGGUCCGAAAGCAGCUGCUUGACUUCCUGUUCACUGACGAGAUGACCCGAAUGCCCAUCACCUCUCUGUCUGGUGGAUGGAAGAUGAAGCUGGCUCUUGCCACUGCCGUCCUCCGAAAGGCCGAUAUCCUGCUGCUUGAUGAGCCUACCAACCAUCUGGAUACCGUCAACGUUGCUUGGCUGGUCAACUACCUUAACACCUGUGGUAUCACCUCCAUCAUCGUCUCCCACGACUCUGGUUUCCUCGAUAACGUCUGUGAGUACAUCAUUCACUACGAGCGAUUCAAGCUCCGAAAGUACAAGGGUAACCUGUCCGAGUUUGUCAAGAAGGUUCCUUCCGCCAAGUCUUACUACGAGCUUGGAGCCUCCGAGAUUAACUUCUCUUUCCCCGAGCCCGGUUUCCUCGAGGGUGUCAAGACCAAGCAGAAGGCUAUUGUCAAGGUCCAGAACAUGACCUUCCAGUACCCCGGUACCACCAAGCCCCAGAUCCGAAACGUCUCUUUCCAGUGCUCUCUGUCUUCUCGAAUUGCCGUUAUCGGUCCCAACGGUGCUGGUAAGUCCACUCUUAUCAACGUCCUGACCGGUGAGCUGCUCCCCACCUCCGGUGAGGUUUACGCCCACGAGAACUGUCGAAUUGCUUACAUCAAGCAGCACGCCUUUGCCCAUAUCGACUCCCAUCUUGACUCCACCCCCUCUGAGUACAUCCAGUGGCGAUUCCAGACCGGUGAGGAUCGAGAGACCAUGGACCGAGCCAACCGACAGAUCACCGACUCCGAUGAGGCUGCCAUGAACAAGAUCUACAAGAUCGAGGGCACCCCCCGACGAGUUGCUGGUGUUCACGCCCGACGAAAGUUCAAGAACUCUUACGAGUACGAGUGUUCUUUCCUGCUCGGUGAGAACCUUGGCAUGAAGUCCGAGAAGUGGAUCCCCAUGGGUUCCGUCGACAACGCCUGGAUCCCCCGAUCCGAGCUCAUGGAGUCCCACUCCAAGCUGGUUGCUGAGGUUGAUAUGAAGGAGGCCCUUGCUUCCGGACAGUUCCGACCUCUUACCAAGAAGGAGAUUGAGGCCCACUGCGCCCUCCUUGGUCUCGAGCCCGAGCUUGUCUCUCACUCUCGAAUCCGAGGUCUGUCUGGUGGUCAGAAGGUCAAGCUUGUGCUUGCCGCCUGUACCUGGCAGCGACCCCAUCUUAUCGUCCUUGAUGAGCCUACCAACUAUCUGGAUCGAGACUCUCUUGGAGCUCUGUCUCGAGCUAUCAAGCGAUUCGAGGGUGGUGUUGUCAUCAUUACCCAUUCCGCCGAGUUCACCAAGGAUCUUACCGAGGAGGUCUGGGCCGUUAUGGAUGGUGUCAUGACUCCUUCCGGCCACAACUGGGUCUCUGGUCAGGGAUCUGGUCCCCGACUUGGAAAGAAGGAGGGUGACGAGGAGGAGAAGUUCGACGCCAUGGGCAACAAGAUUGUGUCCGAGAAGAAGAAGGCCAAGCUUUCCGCUGCCGAGCUCCGAAAGAAGAAGAAGGAGCGAAUGAAGCGAAAGAAGGAGCAGGGUGAUGCUUACGUCUCUUCCGAUGACGACUUCUAA